AUGAGCUUCAAGAACACCGCUGAUGGCAGCAGGGCUAGCAGAACUGGUAGCAGCGGCAAGAACAAGAAUGAGAAACGGUAUGGAUCGUCGGGUGGGAAAUGGAAGCUGCAAUCGUACACUCUUCGCUACGCUCUGGGUGCCAUGGAGAAGCAGGCCCACGAAAUCCACAAAAAGGCAAAGGACCCGGUGCAGCAGAAACGACUAGAGCAACUCACUGCCGAGACCAUUGGCCGUGUUCGACAGCGUUUGAAUGAGCAGCGAUCUCUUCCUUCCAAGUAUCAAAAAGCUGAAGACCCCUGUGUGGAUAACUUGGAGCAGCUGAAUCGACAACGGCAGGGAGAAAUUAAGUCCAACCAAAAGCUUCUAGCGGCUUUGCAGAAACAAGUCAAGGAAAACGAAAAAGAAAUCCAAAGGAUGACCAAGGAGAAAAGAGCCCGAAAGAAGAAACUGGACAAUCUACUACUACAAGCACAGGAAGAAGAUAGUAGUGAUCACGGCCAGCAAGUUGAUGAUGAUUUGCUGCCCGAGGACAAUCCUGAGGAGACUUGGUCCAAUCAACACCAAGUCCCUAGAUCCUUGCAGGAAGCAAGCGAUUCCAGCAGCUAUCGGUUGGCUCCCAAAGGCACCAUGGUCAAAUUUCUCGAUGCACUAAAGAGUUGCAGUCAAGAUUAG